AUGCAUUUCAACGACGACAGCAGCACUGUGCCGGGCUGCGGCAACUCCUCUCCAGCCCAUUUGGCACGGGGACAGCGAGAGUCGGCUCUAAGGAGGAGUGCUCAGAUUGACAUGAGCAGCGUUCGCCUGGACAACCUGGGGACGGAGCACCGGGAAUUGCUGCCCAUAGCCCCGGCUCCGCGCGACACUGCGCGAGAAACGCGCCCUUCCAGCUUCCACCCGCCACACGGCAUCGCUGUCCCCGCCUCGGAGCUGCCCGUGUUCUUCUUCCAUGGCGUCACGGGCAACGCCACCAACGGCCGCAACAUCAAGGCCAACCUCACCGCUGAAGGCCGCGUCUUCGUGGGGCUGAACUUCUGCGAAGCCGAGUGCUCGACCCAGUCGGUGACUGCCCAGAUCCCGAUGGCCAUCGCCCAGAUCCGCAGCAUCGUGCAGAAGGACUCGCGCUUCGACAACGGCUACCACUUCGUGGGCCACUCGCAGGGCGGAGGGCUCGCUCGCGCCGUGGUGGAGAACAUGAACGACCACAAGGUGCACUCGCUCGUGAGCCUGGCCGGCGUGCAGAAUGGCAUGUUCUACGGUCCGCAACCCGAAGACUUGGUGCCUCUGCAGGUAAUGAUCAACGUGCUUGGCCCCAGCCUGUUGACCAAGGACAUCAUGGACUUCUCCAGCUACUCGAAGGCCGACUGGCGCGGCAAGCUGCAGCGAGACCUCUCCGCGCUGGGCGCCGAUCAAACGCUGCAAGCCAAGUACUCGCUCAUGAAUAUGGCCCGCCCGCCCGUGAAGAACUACUUCGUGGAGAAGAACCAGUACCUGCCGUCCUUGAACAACAUCAACCAGUGCGCCUGGUACGACGUGGGCUGCCACUACACCAAGUUCCGCCACAAACGCAACUUCCUGCGCCUCCAGGCCGCCUACUUCUUCGCGUCCCCCCAUGACGGCGUCGUGGGGCCGUGGCAGCACUCGCUGCUGGGCCACUACAGCGAAGUGGACUCGCUCGAGGAGAUCGAGACCACGUUCGAGGAGCUGGCGGUCGUGGACAUGGAGAGCACCGUCGAGUACCAGCAAGACACCUACGGCCUGCGAAUCACCGUGCCCGGCGUCUCGCACAACUGCUGGCUGGCCGACGGCAUGCGCUUCGACGCGCCCAACAAGUUGUGCGAGUGGCAGCCGAUCUGGGACGAAUUCGUCUACCCGGCGCUGCAGUGA